CACAACUGACAGUCGGACUCAGCGCUUCUCGACAAGCCCACAUCACCAUUCUCCCCUACCCAACAAAGAGACCCUUCUCUACAGCCUCAAUAACUGCGAUAUCCUGGUGACUAUGGCGCCUUCUUGAAACAGCGCUGGUCAAAAGAGUCCGGACACAUGCAACACGAAAUGGCAGGCGUCAAGAGGUCCCUGGGGACCUUUCUUGGCCACGAGGAUACCUUGCUUCGGCCAAACGGCCACAGCCGACCGAAGACCGUCCACUACAAUCAUGGAAUUCCCCGCGAUAACCUCGAUAAUUCGACACCGCAAUCACAGUCUUUCAAACUGAGCGAUGUGCUUCAGUCUCAACCUCCAUCCCGGGCUACUUCUCGAGCCAAUUCGAGAGCCAAUUCUCAAUCCGCGGCUCCGUCAAAUACGGACCAACACGAUGGACUUACUCGAACGCCCUCUCCAACCUUUCCUCCCUUGACUGGGCAGGUUCCAGAUUUUAGUCCAGAUGCGUCAAUGAUACUUGUUGGUAUGCGCGGAGCUGGAAAGUCGACAUUGGCUAUCAUGGCAUCCUCGGCAAUGGACCGCAAAGUCAUUGAUCUUGAGCCAGCUUUCCAGAGAUCCAUGGGCCUGUCGAGUGCCGCUUAUAAGUCCGAACAUGGGUCUUCAGAGUGCUACAAGCAGCAAGCCAAGGUCCUGCAAAGUAUUUUGCAGCGACAUUCUACUGGCUGCAUCCUUGUCUGUUCCUGGAUGGAGAGUCGCGUGCAGAGUCUCCUCCGAGAGUUUGCAGCGACCAACCCAGUCAUCCACAUUGUCCGCGAUUUUGAUGCCAUUCAAAGUCAUCUCAAGAUCCGCGACGGUACCAAGGUCCAGAGCUUGCUCGAUGUUAGCAACGCCAUCUUUAGGUCUUGCACCAACUUCGAGUUCUUCAAUGUCACAGAGAAAGUUUCCAAGUCGUCGCUUUCUCGGGAAUCAUUGACACAAAGAUCACCUGCUCCAUAUUUAACAUUAAAACAUGUUGAGCGACACUUCCUAAAGUUUCUGUCUCUUGUUUACCCAGCGGGCACAAUACCGUUCACAGAUUCUGCAUUCCCAUUAUCGAGGAUACCUGCGGAGGAACGCAACUUUACCUACGCUACCUCCAUUCCUCUUGCCGACGUUCUUAAAGACUCUGUGGAUGUUGAAGAGCAUGUCAUUGGAGCAGAUGUUGUGCAAAUAGUCGUCCAUGAUUUGGCUGAACAUGCCGAACAGGGCACAUUGACGUCUGAAGCCAGCGCAAAGCUGCUUGCCAACAUUACCAAAGGUGUCGGUAUCGUAAGGCGAAGCACAAUCUUACCCAUAAUCCUGCAUCUAUUCCUACCUCAUACAGCAAGCGACGAAGUCUUGCGUGUCUACCUCGAUCUCGUUCACCAUUCCGUACGACUAGCACCAGAAAUGAUGACAGUUGAUCUUCGACUCGAAGACGUCCACAUCUCACGCAUACUAUCUAUUCGAAAGAGAACAAAGAUGAUUGGCAAUUGUUUCAUUACCACAGAUCCUCCGUCAUGGGAAUCUCCAAUAUGGAUGUCGUGGUAUAAGAAGGCCAACAAUCUGGGAUGCCAUCUUGCUCGAUUGAUUCGACCUGCAGUUACUAUUGAAGACAAUUUCCGCAUUCACUACCUUAAGACAUCAGUUGCAGCUUUACAGGGGCCGAAGAUCCCACUUAUAUCUUACAAUUCUGGCCCUCUGGGUCGGAAUUCCCAAGCUUUCAAUCGUAUUCUUACUGUUGUCCGACCAGACUCGCUGGAGCGGGUGAAUCCCAGGCCCCCAAUAACACCAUCAAUUACCACGGUCGGCGCAACAGAAGCUCUUUUCUCGUCUUUUAUAUACGACCAGAUGAAGCUUUACGUCUUUGGCGCCAACGUGAGCUAUAGUUUGUCUCCUGCGAUGCACAAAGCAGCAUUAAAGGCAUGCGGUUUGCCCCAUACCUACGAACCAGUGUCUUGCGCGUCGCUUAGAGGAAUCAAGCAUUUAAUCGAGGAUCCAGAAUUUGGUGGAGGUUCAAUCGGCCUCCCCUUCAAAGUUGAGAUCAUUACCUUGACACAUUCAUUGAGCAAACAUGCCCGGGCAAUCGGUGCCGUUAAUACGCUGAUUCCCAUCCGCUCCCUAAAUGAAGACGGGACAAUUCCUACUGGGGCUGCUUUCUUCGAUAGCGUUAAUCGCUCUGGUCCCAUCAAGGCUCUGUAUGGCGAAAAUACGGACUGGAUUGGCAUCCGCGCGUGCAUUCGCCGCGGCCUCUCUCCCGCCAACGCAGUCGUGUCCAGCACCUGUGGUCUGGUCAUUGGAGCGGGUGGCAUGGCUAGAGCAACGGUCUACGCGAUGCUUCAAGUUGGUAUCAAGAACAUUGUUAUCUGUAAUCGCACACCCAAGAACGCCGAAAAAAUGGUGUUGCACUUUACGCAGGUCCUUGAGAGGAAGGACCAUGGCCUACUGAGCGCCGGUAGCGAGCAUUCUCGCUUCCAUGUCAUCGAGUCAAUAGAAGAUGCCUGGCCAACAGAAUUCCGACUACCCACCGUCAUUGUUUCUUGUAUCCCAACUCACCGCAUCGGCAACGUCCCAGCCCCCGAACUUACCCUCCCCAACGAGUGGCUGGGAAGUCGGACUGGUGGUGUCGCAAUUGAGCUUGGGUACAAGACAUUAUAUACACCAUUCCUAGCCCAAUUCCGAGCAGAGUCGCAUCGUGGUUGGUCUCUUCGGGGAGUCAAGCCUACCCUGAAGUUCUCGUCUCGCUUAUAUCACAAUGCUGUCGCAAAGUUCACCAACAUCGAUAAAAAGGGCAUGCCUGUCUCCUAUGAUACUGGUAUCAUGAUUGGCGAACCUGGGGAAAGUUAUAUUUAUAUUGAGCCCGAUAUCGGGAAAGCUUUCAGGCGUGCUGUUGUUUCCCAACUUGGAUCCGAUGGUGCACACCAAGUCGUAACGCUGCCACUUCGUUUUGAUCACCGUUCAUUACACUUCAUACAUCGGAAUUGGAAUGCAGUCGCACUUGAUAGGUCACCAGACGGCUUACUUGAACCUGGAGCCUCUAAUCACCCUUCUUUAAUUGGUCUGUUGAUUCUUCUCAUGUUUAUGAUGUCUGCCCAAUCCUUUCGUUUCCUCACUGCAGCUCAAAAAUUUCGACUCUACGAAACAAAUAUCAUUCGCGCUAGACCUACCCAGAUGACUUACCUCGAGUCUGCUGUUUUCUCGCCCCAGCAACACAAGAACUAUGACCAGGAGGAUCCUUUUCAGCUAGGAAGCAUUCUAGCCCAGAAGAUCAUCCUAAAUCACCCUUAUCAAGAUAGGAACAAGAGGAUGGCUCUGGUAGCGGCCAAUAUGUUCCUACAGUUACACGGUUACCAGCUACGGAAGCCACUGUUUAUCAGCGAUGAAAUCGAUGAACAAAUUAAGGACGCCCAUUGCGCUGUUGCCACGAAACAAUGGGAUGCUAAGCAGUUGGCAAGCUUCUAUAAGAGUAUUGCAACAUCACUUUGA